UUAAAGUCUUUAAUUAAGAACCAAUUCUUAACUUUUUUAGUUAAAAGUUAAGAAACAGUUUAUUAACUUCUGCUAAAAACUACACUUUAAAAAUUCCGGGUUAAUCAUGGUCUAAAGUCUAGCUGCAGAACCUAUUCUAACAGCUGUUUACAAUGUUCGGUAUAUAUACAAGUAUUUCACUCCUCUACAUCUACAUAUAUAUAUACGCUUUUGUAUGCAUAUUUACAUGUUUCUUAAUAUAAUCCGUACGAGAUUCUCCUGUGGCUGAUCAAGAAAGUGUGAAGAAUAAAUAUAGCAAACUUAGCUGAACUUACCAAUCUUGUUUUUUCUUUCUACAUUGUUCCUUAACCAUGGUUAUGAACGAAUCCACUAUCUCUGGUACCAUGAAUAUACCUGUAAAAUUAACAAAAAUUAUUUUUUUAUGCAAUGUGACAAGUACUCAGUUUUGUCUUUGGCGAAGAAAGCAUGUUAUUAAACAAGUAAUCGGUUCAUCCCUUUUGUUAAUUUUAAUUAACAUUUUACAUUUGUCUUUUUGCAAUUUUAAUAAUGUUGAAUGUCAUCAUUUACAAAGCUAAAUUUGUUACUUCAUGUUUUGUUAAUGACUUUUCCCGGUUAAAACUUUACAAAUUGAUAUUAGCUGUGCUGUUCAUUGAAUCUCUAUAGAUUUAUAUAUUCAAUAAGCUAUUGUAAUGAUUAAAAUCUUCUUACUCUAUUAGUUUAGUCGUUCUCAAGCGUGGGUUGUACCUGAAAUAAAAAAAGGGUAUAAUUCAUACCAUCCACUUUCUUUUGAUUACUAGUAUUGCAUUUUAAAAUGUUAGGGUUGUUAUCAUUUGUUAUUAUAAUUUGUACUAGAUGAACUAAAAUAAAUGUAUUUCUUUAAAUUUUCUGAUAGCGAAGGGAAUCAGGUAUUACAAUAGUAUCAACAGAAUUAAUGUAAUCAUUUUUUACUAAAGCAUAUUCCAUUUUUAGAGUAUAAAACCAAUUACAACACUUGAAUUCAACAAACCCUUUCAUUUAAUAUUCCGCUUGGAAUAUUAUUCCUGAUAGAAAGAAUCUCUUAUUUCGAAUAAUUCGUUUCUAUUAAAACAAAACAAAUAGUGCUAAUCCUUACUCCAUUUUAAAUUACUUGUUUUUUAGAGAAAAAAAUUCAUCACAAAAUAAGUGUCGUUUUAAAGUUUAAAGGAAAACUUUAUUAAUCUUAAUCCUCUGUUAAAUUUUCUAUUGGUUGAAAUAUAAUUAGGCGUAUAGGUAAUGAUAUUUUUCUAUUGAAAAUAUACAAAAUUAAAUAUUUUUUAAUCUGUGUGCAAAAAUCUAAAACGACAACUAAAAUAAAACGGAGAAAGUAAUAUUUUGUGUGUUUUAUAAGUCAUUAGACUACCACCGUCUGUUUAGUUAUUUUUAACAAUGAAAGUGAUGUAAUGAUCUAAAUAUUUUUGGACAUGUUAAUUAAUGAUCAAUCAUCACUGAUCAUGAACUUUUCCAUUUGAUAAUAAGAUAAUUGUAGACAUACUAUUUUAGAUUCAAUUUUUAAUGCUAAUAUUUUCCCUCAUUAAAAAACGAAAAUGUCCUUGAUUCUAUUAUUUAUGUGAAUGUAUUUUAUAAUCAUAUAUACAGAGUGUGACCCUUACGAAUGCUAAAGAGUUCAAUUUUGCAACGUCGUACAUAAAACUUGGGAAGCUUUUUUGUAUUGUUUUGGUUUGUGUUAAUCAUGGAAUAUGUGGACUUAUGUUAGGAUAUGAUUAACAUGAAACUAAACCGAUUGGAUAGCUUGCAAUAAGUAACUUCAACAAAUUUACAUGUACUAAAUAAUUGGAUUGACGAAUCAUAUGAUUAACAUGAAACUAAACCGAUUGGAUAGCUUGCAAUAAGUAACUUCAACAAAUUUACAUGUACUAAAUAAUUGGAUUGACGAAUAGUUGUCAUUAAUUAAUCCAUUAGAGAAGAUUCUGUCAUUACAAAUCUUCUUGAUUUUUUUCGGGUAUGGAUCAAGAUUAUGGUAAACAAAUGUUUAAGCUGCGUGGAGCGUCGAUCAAGCAACGGUUAUAGACCGUCCGAUGCAACCCUUUUGACAAAAUCAAACCAACGAAUGGUUUUUAGAAUAUUGUAUUUUUUUGAUAUUAAUUAUACCAAUAAAAAUAGCAUUACAACUACAAGCCGGCAAGUACGUCCCACAAUAAUCUUUCCUAUGUGUUUUUGGCCGUCGUGUUCUUUCCUAUUUAAACUCUUAUUCACACUCCAGACUCAAUAGAUACAGUGUAAGAGAAGAUACAUAGAGAGACUUGAAUACACAAACUCUCUUCUCCGAUCCAAAGGUUAUAAGCAAAGAUGGACGUUUUUGAUGGACUUCCAGAUCCUAUCGUCGUCGAUAUCUUGGACAAAGUCGGCGACGUCAAAACCUUGCUUCGUUGCAGUUCCCUCUCUAAGCGAUUCUACUCGCUCGUCCCUCAGUCCGAGUCACUCACCCUCCGUCUCGACCAAGUCGUUACCACCGAGUCACCACCCGAUUCUCCCGUCAGCAACUUCUUUAAAUCUGCAUGCAAACCCUUUCACGGUUUGUUCUCUCUGUUUUCUAAACCGGCUAAACCAAUCCCAGCCACAAAUCUUUCUCCGGUUAUCCCUUCCAAGCUUCUCUCCCGGUUCGACCGGAUCAAGAAUCUUGACGUGGAGCUUCCCGGCGAAGAUGCAAAGCCGGAGAAAGGCGCCGGAAUUAAGUGGAAAGCAGAGUUUGGUAAAACUCUCAAAACAUGCGUCGUUGUAGCGUUUCGCUCCGCCUCCACCGUGUCUUCUCCCGGCGUUGAGUCAGACGCCGAGUUCGUGACUGGUCUGAAGACGCGCGUGGAAUGGACGAUUAACGCGUUGAUGGCCGCGUCGACACGCCACCACCUGAUGAGCCUAGUCGUGAAGGAGCACAAGGAGAUGGAGAGCUUAGUGAUGCAUGAAAGAGGUGGAGAAGGGACGGUGGUGAUGAAAUCCGAGGGGCUGAGAGAGUUUCGAAAGACGGAGGCCGCGCGUGAUCAAGAACUCGAGGAGCGCGUGGAGAAAAAACAGAGGAGUGUGGUCCCGAGCGUGAGGAUGAGCAUGAGACACGCGCCGUCGCUUAAGCUAAAGAGUGGUAUAUGUUUAGAAUCCGCAACGCUCGUGAUCGUAAGGCCGAGCGAGGAAUAUUCCGACGUCGGAGAUGAUGAGCUGGCUACGGAGGCUUUCGCCGGGAGUUGUAUGUACGGUGAAGCGGUCGUCGCUUUGUUAAAGCGUAAUAAGAAUACGUUAGAUAUGAAUUCCUUUUAGUGGGCCUUGUGGGGCUUUCUGCGUUUUUCAUUUGUAAGAUAUGUUUUUCUUUCUUGCACGUGUGCUUGUGCAGAGUGCGCAUGUUUACACUGUACAAAGUUGGCUUCAACAUUCUUGACUUUGCAUACCAUUUUGGUCAAUAAUUCGAAGCAUGUGCGGACUUUGAUCCUCUCGUGACCAGAAAGAUACAAUAACAUGGUAUGAAUUGUGCCCAAUAACGUAAGAAAUUUACUAAGGAGGUGUUAUUCGAUUCGUUGAUGGAUUUGAUAGUUGCACUCUGUUUCGAAGUCGAAGCUGUAAGAAAUGAUCUUUGUUUCUUAUCAUUAAGUCCAUUUGUUAAAACUAGUAUCUUUUUCUUUUGUGAGCUGUAACUUAUACGUAAGCUUUUCUUAUAUUAGCAAUCCUGUGAAUAAAUUUGAGAUUAUAUGUGUUACAAAAAUCCACUGAAGUUCAUUUGGAUCUUCUAAUUCGAUGCCAACUUUGUCACCAAGGUACAUAACUAAUUCAAUUUUUGAGACUCCUAACUUCUGAUUGGAGAGUGGCUAAAUAUUAUGUGGAAUGAUCACUUCAUGCCGCACCGAGGUCAUAAGGCGUCACUCGUUUCUACGUAAAACCAUGAUUAACUCCAGUCUCUUAUCCGAAGUUCUUAAAGUUCUUAGAGAUAUAAAAACUGUAUUUUAGUCAAAAAAUGUAAAAAAAAAAAGAAAUCAAAUCAUGAGUUAAAAAUCCAGACUAAAAAAUCGAGAUUAAACAUGCUCUAUCAAUCUUUAUUGUAAAAGAAUUUCUCAAGAAAAAUCACGCGGAAUUGAAGAUCAAAAUAGCUUCAAAAUAUGCAUUUUUUUCUCUUCUCCCCCAAGUUUGUUCUAUGAAUAAACUCAAGCCUACUUACUUGAUCUCUAUAAGGCAAUUUCUAGCUCUCUUAUUGUUGUUGUUGUUUUAUGUUGUGGUGGAUCAUGUUUUUCGAUACUGAUUUCGUCUUAUGAUUUUUUUUUUGGUUCUGGAUAUGCCAGUACCUAUAUUAGAUUUUGAUUCUCUAAUCUAAGAUAUUUCUUCAACAAAAAAAAAAUGGUUACAACAAAAAUUAGUUUCUUCAAAAAUGGAUAUAAUCAACUAGACUAACUCAUAUAAUUUUGAAAUUACUAAAUUAACUCUUUAAGCAUGCAAAUUUACGAUUUUGCUUUUACUAAUAAUUAUAUCCUAAUUAAAAAUAUAUAUAUUUAAUACUAUAAGAAAGGAAAAAAGGCAAGCACUUUACCUUUGUCGGGUUUCUCCACCUACGGCGAAACGUUUUCCUCGUCGUCUCCUUCACCUCCAUCUCCGAUGGUCCCUUUUCCCUCACAACCAGCUUCGUCUCCGUCACCAGCGUGAAUCCUUCGUCUCUUCCUACUCGACAAACCCGAAAUCGAUUUCACCUCAAUCACAUCCGGCUUCAACUACAAGUUACUCUAACCUGUAAGUCUUUAAUCUAUGCUAUUAGAAUUGUUGUUAUCAUAGAUUAAUUGAUUGCAUCUUGAAAAUUUGAAACCCUAACUCCCAGUUUCAUCUCACUGACUUUCAGAUCUGUUAAUUGUAUUUGAUAAUUAACAUUUACUCUCUGUUUUUAUUUAAAGUUGUAUAAACUAGUAACUUGGUUUCGGAUUGUUUGAAAGUGUUUUCUCUUAUGUCUGAUGAGAUACGUACGUGAUAUUGGCAAGAUAAUAGUAACAGUUCCAUGACAAAUUUUCUGGGAAGAAAAACAACUGUUUCUUGGUGAAACAGUUCGGCAGAGGCAAUGCUAAUGUUUAAUUUAGCAAAGAGAGCAACAACCUCUGCAAACUCAACUCUUACAGGCACUCUGGUUUGGCGUACCAGAAGACGGUGACCAUUCAGGUAGCUGACAAGGAGAAAGGUGUGGUACUUGGAACCACCAAGAAAAAGAAACAAAACAAGUUUAUAGGUUAUAAAGAUUUUUCAUGGACAGUUUAGUUUCUUGCUUGCAACACCUCCAUUGUUAUGUUCUUUUUCUCAAAAAUGAUAAUAAGAAAAAACUAGUAAGCUGGUUGCUGUCCACAUUCCUUGUCAGCAGACAAGUAAUACUAGUAGCUGCUCUUUGAUGA